CAGGAAAUAGCCUGCUGCACCCAAGGAGCAGAGCAAGGAGUGGGGCCCAGGACCCAAGGUUCCAAGGAAGGGGGCAGAGUCCAGCUCAGAUCAUAAGUAGCUGAUAGGUCAGAGAUCAGGGAGAAGGCAAGAAUUGGGACCCAAUGCAUUGGGUGAGCUCUAUGCUCAGAAGAAGCACCUGACACCCAUGGCCUUCUUGGUGUCCGGGACACUGCGGGUGGCUGCGCAGGUGGCAGAUGCUCAAGACAGCCUGGGAAGAAAGGGGAAGUACGGCAUGCAGGGUCCAAGAGUGGCCCUGACGCUCAGCAGCCCUGAGGUAUCGGCCUCUACAGUGGCCCUCCUGGAGGGUGUGUUCCAGACCCUGGGCUUUGAGAGCUGCUGGAGGAGGGAGGCCUCGGUCCAGGACUUCCUUGAGGAGCUGACUGGGUUCUGGGAACAGCUGGUUGCCCAUGGGGCUCCUCUGGGCUGUGUCCUAGUGGCCUUGGUGGCCCCCAGUGGACAGCUGAGGCAGCCACAGAAGUUGGUAAGGGAGCUGAGUGGCUGUGGGGCCCUGCAGGGCUGCCCAAAAGUCUUCCUCCUGCUCUCAAGUGCUCCUGGAGCUGCCCGCAAGCCCGGAGCCUUCCUCACUAGCCUGGGUGAACUCUGUCGCCGCUGUCCUCACUGGUCCCUGCUGCAGCUGCUGACAGAGGUCUUCUGCAGGACAGCUGAAGAGUCCUCAGGGGUCACCUACUGCCCAGUCCUUCGGAGCUCCUUGCGGGGGGCACUGUGCCUGGGGAACACGGAGCCCUGCGGGCCUGAGCCAGAACCCAGCCCCAGCAGUCAAUAUGACCUGUCCAGGGACAGGGCCGCCCUCCUUCUAGCUGUGAUGCGGGACCGGCCUGGGGCCCAGCACGAUGUGGAUGCACUGGGGGACCUGUGCCAGGCCCUGGGCUUUGAGACCACCCUGAGGACAGACCCUACAGCUCAGGCUUUCCAGGAGGAGCUGGCCCAGUUCCAGGAGCAGCUGGACACCCGCAGAAGCCCCGUGAGCUGUGCCCUUGUGGCUCUGAUGGCUCAUGGGGGGCCCCAGGGGCAGCUUCUGGGGGCCGAUGGGCAAGAGGUACAGCCAGAGGCACUGGUGCAGGAGCUGAGUCGCUGCAGGGCCCUGCGGGGCUGCCCCAAGAUCUUCCUGCUUCAGGCUUGCCGCGGGAGACACAGGGAUGCUGGUGUGGGACCCACAUCUCUCCCCUGGUUCUGGCGCUGGCUGCGGGCAGCACCAGCCAUUCCCUCUCACGCCGAUGUCCUCCAGAUCUAUGCAGAUGCCCAAGGCAGUUCCUUCAGGGGCCCCACUCCAGGGAGCUGUGACCAAGCAGACAUCCUAAUGGUUUAUGCAGCGGCCGAGGGCUGUGUAGCUUAUCGGGAUGAGAAGGGUUCAGACUUUAUCCGGACGCUGGUGGAGGUCCUCAGGGCUGCCCCUGGGGGAGAACUUCUGGAGCUGCUGACUGAGGUCAAUCGUCAGGUGUGUGAGCUGGACGUGCUGGGUCCUGACUGCGAUGAGUACCGCAAAACCUGUCUGGAGAUCCGCAGCUCGCUGAGGCACCGGCUUUUUCUGCAGCUACCCAGUCGGUGCUGACAGUGGGUGGCCACACCCUGGUGCCACCACUGACUCCACCCACUUCUUGGUUACCUUACCUGUAAACAGGGCAUUACAGCAGCGUGCUGGGCUCAGCUGGCAGGAAAUAAACAUCUGUCGAUCACUGCACACAUGAAUAGUGCCUGCUU